CUGAGGCGGGCACUGACACAGCUGGCGCUCCCUGACAUGAAUGAACCAUGUUCGUCCACGGAGGCUUAGCUCUCCCCGUUUACUGCGUGCUCCUGCUGCUCCCCGGGGCUCACAGUCACCUCUGGACGGUCAAGGACAGAAGUGACGCGAGACUGGAGCCGCACAGAACGUCUGUGCAGUCACACAGCCGGACAGCAGCCAGCAAGGAGGAGGUAUUCCAGUGGUGGGGUGAGUGGUCGAGCUGGUCGUCCUGCUCCCGGAGCUGUGGAGGUGGGGUCCGCAGUCAGGAGAGACACUGUCUCAUCCAGAGGCUGUCCACCAGUCAGCAUGGAAACAGCUCAUUCUGUAUGGGCUCUCCUAAAAAGUACCAGCUGUGCCCAAAUCAGGCCUGUCCAAGCCACAGUGCGAGUUUCAAACAACACCAGUGUUCACAGUUUAACUCCAAAGCAUUUGGCCGAAGAUACUAUCAGUGGAUCCCUCUUUAUCCAGCGGAUUACAUCAGCAUCUCCAACAAGCCCUGUGACCUGCAGUGCACCACCAUCAGUGGAGAGAGGCAGCUGCUGGUCCCCGCUCAUGAUGGCACCUUCUGCAGGGACACCAAGUACCAUGGGGUCUGCAUUGAGGGCACAUGUCAGCCUAUAGGCUGUGAUGGGGAGUUGUACAGCACCAAGACGGUAGACAGAUGUGGGGUGUGUGGAGGCAACGGGACAUCCUGUCAGCGCAUCUCUGGAUCCUAUAGAAAGGCACUCACACAGUUAGGUUAUGCAUUUGUCACCAACAUUCCACAUGGAGCCACGGACAUCCAGAUCAUCGAAAGACACAAAACGGAGAACAUCCUGGCUCUGUCAGAUGAAGCAGGGCAUUUCUUCUUCAAUGGAAACAGCCUGUUCGAUCACCCGCAGAACUUCCGUGUGGCUGGAACAGUGUUUAAGUACAGGCGUCCUAACAGUGUGUUCUCUGAUGGUCUGGAGUACAUCAUCGCACAAGGACCUACACUCCAGGGGCUUAACGUCAUGUACUACAACCUAAAUGGGAAGCUUCCCCACAUAACCUACGAGUACACCGUCCCUCUCUCCUCACACGACCACAUCGCUAUAAGCCCUGCCCACUCACAUACUAACCACACCCUCAAUGAGCUGAGUGAGAGACUGUCAGAGAGUCAUAGUUCAACCAACCACAGUCACCAGUUUGACAGUGAACUAGAGUCUAAUAACCAAUCAGAAGAUAAGGCACUGGAAGAGGCGGGGUCAGAGGAGGAUGUGCUGAUGUGGGAGAUUCGGACGCCCAGCCCUCCGCCACCUGCGGCCAUGUUGGUGUACAGACCUGUGGAUGUGAUCAGCCAUGUGUUCAGUCAUAAUGAUGUGGAGGAACCAGGACCGCCCACCCUCACUGACUAUAGGAGUACGUCCAACUCAGUGGAUGACCCGUCCACUGAUGAAGAGAAUGCCCUUCUCCUUUCAUUUCCAGGCAGUAAGAGCGUUCACAUGGCCCUCCCUGAUGACGGCCCUCUUCAGCUGCUGGAGCAACUGCAGCUGAAUCAGAGCCACUCACACCCCUCCUCACUGAUCCCUCCCUCUGAGCCGCAGGCAGAGAGUGACUCUGUCCUGGUGAAGCUCCAGCAGCUCGCCCAGGCCCCCAGCACUGAAAGUAAUGAUUUUGAUGUGGGGUUGGACCAGGACAUCCCCAGUAUCUCUGACAUGUAUCGCUGGAAAGUGUCAGCCUACGCCCCCUGCAGUUCAACAUGCACUACAGGUAUCAGCAGUAGCUUUGCCCUGUGUGUGCGUUAUGAUGGCACUGAGGUGGAUGACAGUUACUGUGACUCUCUGACCCGGCCUGAGCCCACACAUGAGUUCUGCACGGGGAAGGAGUGCCCUGCCAGGUGGGAGACCAGUGGCUGGAGUGAGUGCUCUCGCACCUGUGGGGAGGGCUUUCAGUACAGGACAGUGCGCUGUUGGAAGAUGCUCUCCCCAGGCCUGGACUCCUCUGUGUACGACUCUCUCUGUCUGUCACAUGACCUGCACAAACCAGCCAAUCGCAAGGUGUGCUCUGGACAGAGCUGUGGGCCACAGUGGGAGGUCUCCGAGUGGUCCCAGUGCUCGGCCCGCUGUGGUGCUCAGGGAGUCCGUAGUCGAGACGUCCGCUGCUCCAUGGACCUUACUCUGUGUAACCAAACGAGCAGGCCUUUAGACAGACAGCCCUGUGAGGGUCCUCCCUGUGACAGGAGGUGGACUGUGUCAGACUGGGGCCCUUGCUCCGGGGCCUGUGGAGAGGGCAGGAUGGUACGAGCUGUUAUGUGUCGCUCCUCUGGUGGAGUGCUUAUGUCGGAGGAGCAGUGUGACCAUGCCUUCAGACCUCUGGCUGUUUAUCCCUGUGGAGACAGAGACUGCGCCCCCCACUGGGUCCAACAGGAAUGGCAACAGUGUAAUGCAUCGUGUGGGCGCGGCGUGCGUCUGCGGCAGGUGGUCUGUGCUGGGCUGGAGGCUGGAGUGUUUAAAGAGUUCCCUGAGAGCAGCUGUGACCCGGAGCAUAGACCUGACAGCAGCUCACCCUGUUUCCAGAGGCCCUGCUCCAAGUGGUUCACCACCACCUGGUCCCAGUGCAGUAAGACGUGUGGCAGUGGCGUCCAGGUGCGGGAGGUGAAGUGUUACCAGGGCGAUGAGCUGGUUACCCGAGGCCACAGCUGUGACUCAGCCCUGAAGCCUGAGGCCCGGCAGAGUUGUGAGCUGCAAAGUUGCCCCACCCCUCCUCCAGUGGCGCCCCCUGGUGUCUCCGUGGCUGUGGAGGACUUGUGUCAGGACAAACCCACUGCUAACUGUGCCCUGGUGCUGAAGGUAAAGCUGUGCUCUCAUUGGUACUACAGAAAAGCCUGCUGCCAGUCGUGUCGGCCCCCCAGGCCCUGAGACACCCACACUGCGGUCCCUAGACCCCGAGGAGAACUACAGUGGGCCCCAAACCAAACUGUUUCAAACUGGUGCUACACAAAACCUGCUGCUACCAACUCUAUUGAAAAGACUUUUCAUUUCACCAGCGUCGGUGUGCCAGUCCAAACAAUGUGAAGAAACCCGAGCACUACAGGGCCUGCUGUCAGUGUUGUUUGCAGAUUUACUCUUUGUGUUGCUUUCAUGCUUCUCUCACGAAAUACACCCCAAGCCCCAUGUAGGGAGACACACACGAUUCAGCCAUAACAUCGCAACUGUGUCAAAUGUACAUGAAUAGAACUUUCUGUAAUGGAGCUGAACACUCAACGCCAAUACAUAUCCUAUUCAUUUGCAAAGUUUCAGAAAUUUACUGUAAAUUAAAUGAUCAAUUAUUAGGUAACUUUUCUUGUAUGGAAAAAACUUGUACUUAGGCUUGUCAAAGCCUCUCAAAGCUACACUAUAGUCAUUAUUCUUUUGCUUCACACUCGGUGUUGGUAAGAGACUUCUUUAGCCACAGCUGUCCUGGGGUAUAAUGACAGAAACAAGGCUGCCAAUCUGUGUCAUCAGCUCCUCGGACCACCACCAACAGACAUGCACACACCACUUUCAUGAGUUAAGUAAAUCCUCGGACCUUUGACUUGGGGGACCACUGCUCUAACCACUGAGAGACUACCUCCCCAAAUGUCCCGGGUGGACGGUCUCAUGUCUCAUGAUAUUAAACCUAUAGAUCUUGCAGUUUUUCAAUUACAGCUGCUUUUAUUGCUCAAAUAUAAUUUUGAGGAAGACAGCCCUUUCCUCUCAUCUUCCAUGGUUUCUGCUUAUACAAAGAAUAGAAACAGAUAUAAAGUCCACAGAAGAAUUUAUAAUACUUGUAGAAGAAGUCUGUGUUGAUAUUUCCAUACAAAGACUGUGGUGUACACCUAUACAAUGACAUGGUUUAGACUUGGCGCCUCUUUGUUGGUACCGUCCUGACCUCUUGACACAUUGCACAGUCCAAUCAGAAUGCAACGAGCAUCCUUCCGGGGUGUUGUUUGUGUAACAGGCCAAGAACUACUGAUAGGGAUGACAUCAAGACUUAUUUGGAUAUUUUGAUAUUGGAUAGAUUGGAAUAUCCUGUAUUUAUCUUAACAUAUAUCUCACAGCUCUGAUGACAGUCGUUAUCUUCACAGGACCUCAGUACAACAAUGAACUAUAGCAGUGGCUCUACAAAGUAGCACAGUUAUUUAUCCUAAAUAUUCUCUCCAAAACACCUCUUCACAGAUCUGACGAGUUUUAUGCCAUGCAUCUCCAUGGAAACAAGCAGGCGACAGACCUUCCACCUGAAAAGUUGCAUAGUACAGUGUUAAGCUCAGUAGUUACCACAUAACAUUAGUCUAUCAAACUUUCUAACUCAUUUAUUCAUCAUUUACAGAAAGGCUUUUUGGGGAAAAAUGAAUAGGAAUUUUGCUUCCAGAGCCUGAGAGGUGGGUGGGACUGCUCAAACAAAACACAACAAUGUCCAAGUUAAUAAGGCAGCUCUUCACAUAUGCCCAUGAAAGCACAGAGCCCAUAUGGCUGUGGAGGCUGGAUCCACUGGCAUUAGUCCUGAAAGCAAAUUCUGUAUAUUCCACUUGUUCUCUGUCCACUGUGUGUGUCAUGUUGCUGUUUUUAUGUUUUGUUAUUUUUCACAUUAAAUAAAGAGUUGUUUUUUUUU